GAGACGCAGAGGAAUCCAGAGGAAUUUCCGAGGAUAUUUUUUCUGUGAUAUUUUUUCUCUUCUUGCUAUUGAAAUUUAAAAGUUGGAGGCGAGGCAGCAGGGACCGUGGUCAAGGAUGGACGAGCAGCCGCGGUUGAUGCACUCGCACGGAGUAGGCAUGGCCGGACACCCCGGCCUGGCGCAGCAUAUGCAGGAUGGCACGGCGGGGACGGACGGAGAGGGAAGGAAGCAGGACAUCGGAGACAUAUUACAGCAAAUAAUGACCAUCACAGACCAAAGCUUAGACGAAGCACAGGCGAGGAAACAUGCACUGAACUGCCACAGAAUGAAACCUGCUCUCUUCAACGUGUUGUGUGAAAUAAAGGAGAAAACAGUGCUCAGUAUCCGUGGUGCCCAGGAAGAGGAACCUCCAGAUCCCCAGCUGAUGCGACUGGACAACAUGCUGCUGGCAGAGGGCGUGGCCGGGCCAGAGAAGGGCGGCGGGUCGGCAGCUGCAGCAGCCGCAGCAGCGGCCACCGGCGGUAUCGGUGCCGACAACUCAGCAGAACACUCCGACUAUCGGGCCAAGUUGUCGCAGAUCAGACAAAUUUACCACACGGAGCUGGAGAAGUAUGAACAGGCGUGCAAUGAGUUCACCACCCAUGUGAUGAACCUGCUGAGGGAGCAGUCUCGAACACGACCCAUCUCGCCCAAAGAGAUCGAGCGCAUGGUCAGCAUCAUCCACCGCAAAUUCAGCUCCAUCCAGAUGCAGCUGAAACAGAGCACCUGCGAGGCCGUCAUGAUCCUGCGCUCACGCUUUCUCGACGCCAGACGAAAGAGGAGGAACUUCAACAAACAGGCGACAGAGAUUCUAAACGAGUACUUUUACUCCCACCUCAGUAACCCCUAUCCCAGCGAGGAGGCCAAAGAAGAGCUGGCCAAAAAAUGCAGCAUCACAGUUUCACAGGUAUCAAACUGGUUUGGGAACAAGAGAAUCCGAUACAAGAAAAACAUUGGCAAGUUCCAAGAAGAGGCCAAUAUGUACGCAGCGAGGACCGCAGUCAAUGCAACCAGUGUGUCUGCUCACGGCAGCCAGGCAAACUCCCCAUCAACUCCCAAUUCAGCAGGUUCUGCUGGCUCUUUUAACAUGUCAAACUCCGGAGACUUGUUCAUGAGUGUGCAGUCCCUCAAUGGGGACUCAUACCAAGGGGGGCAGGUUGGGGCCAACAUACAAUCCCAGGUGGAUACCCUUCGCCAUGUUAUCAGCCAGACCGGAGGAUACAGUGACAGCCUCGCAGCCAGCCAGAUGUACAGUCCACAGGGCAUCAACACAAACGGUGGCUGGCAAGAUGCUCCGACUCCUUCGUCAGUGACAUCACCCACAGAAGGACCUGGAAGCGUUCAUUCGGAUACUUCCAACUGAAUCUAUCCAUCUCUACACCUCAUCCAUAAAAAAACAUGAACUGACCUUGCUAUCCACAGUAUUAAACUAAAGGAAUUCACUGUCACACAGUUUGGAGAUGUACUGUGAAAUCCUAACCAGAAAAAAAACAAAGCGUAUUUCCUCUGCUUCUAACUUUGGACAUUUGGGAUACAAACAACAAGUUUCACAAUAAAAAGCAAAACAACACUGCAGUUGAUGGAGAAGUUUGUACAGAUUUCACAUUAUAUUCAGAGGGCUGGGGUUACUUAUUCACUCGUAAUGUUUUCACUCAUCAUGAUGAAAUGAUAUGAUAAAGUAAAUAAAUCCAACCAUUGGUUUUAACAGAAAAUACGUCAUUCUACCUCUCAGCCACUAAAAGAAGAAAGUAGAAAAAAAAUGUCAGUGACCAUUAUUUGUUUUGUAAAAAUGAAACUUUUGUCUUUGCAAGCAAGAGGCACAUCUUCUUACUUACAUUUUGUUGUCUCUCACCUAUUCUAUGGUACGCCAUUUUAGACUUAAAUAUUGCUCAGUUGUUUACAAUGUGUGCUUGAUAAAGUUCAUCUUCCCCUCUUGUCUCCGACAAGUUAAAACAGAGUUCUGUCAGGAGAUUUUACCUCUAAGGUAACCCUGUGAAGUAUAUUAUCUGUAAAACAAUAAAUAAAUACUUGUCAUCAAA